AUGUCUUCCUUAUUUCCACCCGCCGGCGCCGCCAUGGCUCUCCCGCCAUUCGGCAACGGCCACUCACGCGAGACUGCGCAGUGGUCGUUCAACCUCACCGAGAACCCCGGUCAGCCGGCCUACAUCGUCAACACCACUCUCGACCCGCUUGUCAAGUGGCAAACCUGCACCAAGACCGAAGCCAUCUACUACCAAGAGACGGGCUACCAGAUCUGGAGAGUCGUCGACAGCCGCAAGGUGAUCUUCAGGAGGAAAAAGCAAGACCCAAACGCUGCAUUCUCCGACCAUUUUGAGGAGGUCGCCAUCGCAGAGCAAGACCUGGAAGCUGCUGGAGUGGAGGCUACGAGGGAUGAGGGGUUGAUGAAUGGCGCUGACAACGACGACAACGACGACGAAGUGUUCGACGUUGGCUUCGAGAAGUCUUCUUCCAGAGAUGAUGCUGGCUCCCAAGGCGCGUCCAAGACUCCAUGCCGCUCAGGCGCUGGCAUCGUUGGUGGGUCCAGUGCGUCGAAGAAAGAGUAA